GGGCAGAGCAGUGGUGACCUGCAGACAGAGACCAGACUGGACAUGAGUUCACAAACAUGGAGACCACAGUGCUGGCUUUGAUGCUUUGUUUGGUGAUGACUUCUUUUUCAAUGGAGUCUUUCUCAAUUCCCCUGAGUAUGAUGGACAAAUCGGUUGACGACAUGUACGACGGCUGCAGUGAGGCAAUGGCUGAAAGGGUCAAUCAUACUUACUUCCCCAGAGAAAUGAAGAAGAAUCAGCUAUUCAAAGAGGCGUGGAAUAAAAUGGAGUCUUGUGCAAAUAACAAAUACAACAGAAGAACGAACAUGGCCCUGACCAAAGAUCAGGUCCAUGCUUUAGGCGUCUACACUGGAGAUGACGUCUAUGGAGAGUUUAACGCUGCGGUUCGAGUCAGUGCUGACAAAUACGUCUCUAAUUCUUUCAAAUAUCACGCUUUAUACUACUGGCUCGUUUCUGCUUUACAGACACUUAAUAAUAACAAAAUAUGCCGUACCACCUACAGGAGAAGCGAACAUACAUUUACAGGUCAGCUCAACCAAGAAAUACGUUUUGGUCAAUUUGCCUCCUCUUCACUCAGGCCCGAUGUGGUAGAAUUUGGUGACGAGACUUGCUUUCAAAUUGAGACCUGCUUAGGUGCUCCCAUCAAUGAAUAUUCGUGCUUUAGUAAUGAGGAUGAGGUGUUAAUCCCUCCCUAUGAGAAGUUCAAGAUCAUUGAUAUUAAGCACUGCUCCUAUCAACGAUUGGAAGACUGUAAAAAGAUCUUUGUUCUGAAGCAUGUGGGGACCAAGACUAAACUCAACUGCAAGGCCGCAUAUAUGAAAAAGUUGUUCAAUAACAUAAGAAAAGAAAUUGAAAAUAUUUUUAACUCAGUUCGAAAUUUUUUUUCCUGACUGUCAGCAUAAUGUUUGUACAGGAGUUAGCUGGAACCAGUUUCUUUCUUUUUUUUUUUUUUUAAGCAGAUGCUUUUUAAAAACUUUUUAAUAGGUGAAAGGGGUGCACUAUUCAAAUCAUAUGAAAUAAACUCAGUGUUACAUCUUUACUCUUUUUUUCUUCAGUUUGUUUUCAUUUACUUUCAUGAGAGUAAAUUUAAAGUGGAACAAAACACAAAUCUUUUUGCUAUAACUGUGUAUAUUGUGUUUUAAUAACAUUGUCAAGUGCUUUUUUACUACAUUAACACAAACAAUGGUCAAAAAUGUCUAAAUCUAAGUGUGUGUAACAGAAACUUCCACAUAUAACAUGCCAUUA